AUGGAAGUUAUUAAUGGAAAUCAAUGGAAUAAUGAAGUUGAUGAUAAUGAAGUUGAAGAAAUAAGCUUGCAACGAAAGAGUGUUGUUGCUCAAUAUGCUAGCAGCAGUAGUACUAGCAAUUCAGAUAACGAAGAAAAAGGUGGAGGCUUAGACUUUGUUGAAUCGGAGACGAAUCCAAAAUUCGAAGUUGUGAUAGCCGAAAGGAAUGCUGAAAUGAUAAUUCCACAAGAGAAAAUUGAUGAGAAUGACAUGAUUUUACCUGCUUCUGAUCCUCCUCUUGAUGAAGAUUCUACUUCUUUGAUCAAUGUUACAAAUGAAAGUGACAAAGUUAUCAUAGUAAAAGAAAAUGGUGGAGAAAAACAAGAAUUUUAUUUGGAAAAUGUGUUUGAGAAACCACCAUCACAUGGAUUUUACUGUCCCAAUUGUAAUGUUUGUAUCCAAAAGGUUUAUAUUCAAAGAAUCUACAUUCAACCUAUGCGACAAGAUGAGACAAUAAGAUGUUCAUCAUGCUUCAGUUUCCUCAUUCCAAUAGGUAAUUGGUUAUUCCCUGGAUUGGUAUCUAAUGGAGAAGGAGAAUUAAACAAUCAAGGUUCAUUAAGUAACCAAAAAGUGCAUCAAUCUGUAACAAACAUUCAAAGUUCAAUCACUGAACAAACACUCGAAGUUUCAUCACAACACAAUACAUCAAAACUUGUUCAAUCUGAUGAGUUGCAUAAAUCCGUCACAAGAACUGUAGAUGAAUCAGGAAAACAAACCCUGCAAAUCAUUGAAGAUGUGGUUAUUCAUGAACCUCAGAAAGGUCAAGUUGUAACAAAGAAAAAACAGUUUUGGAGGAAAUGGGGUGUUAUAGGUGGAACUUCUUCUCAAGCCUCUGAAACUGUCACUACAGAAAAUAGAGAUUGGAAAGUUACAUCUUCCUCUGAAAUAAAAAAACAAACUGAAACUCUCUCUCAAGAAAAUAGUGAUUGGAAAGCUAUAUCUUCUGUUUCUCAACCUCAAACUGACUUUCCAGACAAGGAACAGGCAGAUUUUGUGGAAGUUAAAGUCGAUGGAGCAUCCGCAGGAUCGGGUGAAGAAGUUGUUCCUUCUGUAACUGAAAGAACACCUCUUCUUACUCCUAGUAAUCCAAUUGUAGAAACAAGGAGCAAGAAAUUGGAGAUUGUGAAAAGUAUUGUGUAUGGUGGUUUAGCUGAAUCAUUAGCGAGUCUUAGUGUUGUGACUUCUGCAGCAAGUGCUGAUGCAGCCACAUUGAACAUUGUUGCACUGGCUAUUGCGAACCUGAUUGGUGGACUUUUUGCCCUUGGUCAUAAUCUACGGGAACUGAAAGGUGAACAACCAAAAAGAUCCAACACAGAAGCAGAAGCAGUGGUGGAUCAAUACAAUGAAGUACUAGGAGAGAGGAAGAAUUUCAUUCUUCAUGCAUUUAUUGCAAUCCUAUCAUUCAUUGUUUUUGGACUAAUUCCUCCAGUUGUAUAUGGCUUCUCAUUUCGCGAAAACGAUGAAAAGGAUUUCAAGCUAGCAGCAGUUGCAGGAGCUUCUCUUAUAUGCAUCACACUUCUCUCUAUUCUCAAAGCUUAUAUCAAGAGACCAAACAGUUACUUGACAUACUUCCAAACAGUGUUUUUCUAUGUUAGCACUGGUGCUGUUGCCACAGUGCUUUCUUACUUAGCUGGUGAUAUGAUGAAGAAACUCAUUGAGAAGCUUGGAUGGUUUGAACCAGCAUCAAGUUUGGCUUUAUCCUUGCAGCAUCAACAUGGAUUGGGAUCAUAUUAA